AAUCCGCGUAACGGGUUACAUCGUCACGUGAUACCUUUUCGCGCCGUUUUAAAUUGUACACACACCAUUGUUCCUCAUUCAGUAAAGUAUUUUCUAACGGAGUGGAUUUGUACAGAAACUAAAGAUGCCACCAAGAGAUUAUGUUGCUGAGAAAGAAAAAAUCAAAACUUUCCUACAAGAGUUUUACAAAGAUGGUGCAGAUGGAGGAAAAGACUUUGUUUAUGGACAACAGUUGGUGAAAUUGGCACACAGAGAACAAGUUGGUUUGUGGAUUGACCUUGAUGAUAUAUACGACCAUGACCCAGAUCUAGCUGAUGCCAUCACUGAAAAUGCACGCCGCUACACUAGCUUGUUUGCUGACAUUGUACAAGACAUCUUGCCAGACUACAGGGAAAGAGAGGUUAUACACAAAGAUGCCCUGGAUGUGUACAUUGAACAUAGGCUGCUGCUGGAACAAAGGAAUCACCCAGAGGGUGCAGAACUCACUAGGGAUCCUAGAAACAAAUACCCAGCAGAACUAAUGAGAAGAUUUGAGAUCUACUUCAAGCCCCGUGGUGCUAUGAAACACAUGGCUAUCAGAGAAGUGAAAGCAGAAGCAAUUGGUAAACUUGUUAGCGUAAAGGGUAUUGUUACCAGAGCAACAGAGGUGAAACCGAUGAUGGUUGUUGCAACUUACACUUGUGAUACAUGCGGCAAUGAGACAUACCAGCCGAUUGCAUCCCCAUCAUUCAUGCCCUUGCUGAUGUGUCCGAGCACAGACUGUACAACAAACAGGUCAGGUGGAAGGUUGUAUCUGCAGUCCAGAGGAUCUAAAUUUGUCAAAUUCCAAGAGCUCAGAAUACAAGAACAUAGUGAUCAAGUACCAGUGGGAAACAUCCCUCGAAGUAUGACCAUUUUUUGCCGUGGCGAAACAACACGUUUAGCACAGCCAGGCGACCAUAUCAGCGUUGCUGGAAUCUUUCUUCCUACAAUGAAGCAAGGAUAUGCUACACAGGGUGGACUACUCUCAGAAACAUUCUUAGAAGCUCACAGAAUCACAAAAAUGAACAAGACAGAGGAUGAUGAGCUUGGUGUUGAGGAAUUAACCGAAGAUGAAAUCAAGCAGGUCGCAGAGGAAGACUUCUAUGAUAAACUAGCUAUCAGCAUUGCGCCCGAGAUCUACGGCCAUGAAGAUGUAAAGAAGGCUCUGUUGCUGUUGCUGGUCGGCGGUGUUGAUAAAUCACCACAGGGAAUGAAGAUCAGAGGAAACAUUAAUGUAUGUCUGAUGGGAGAUCCUGGUGUUGCCAAGUCACAGCUUCUCUCCUUCAUUGACAGACUUGCAACUAGAAGUCAGUACACAACCGGUAGAGGAUCUUCCGGCGUAGGUUUGACAGCAGCAGUGAUGAAAGACCCAGUCACUGGCGAGAUGAUGUUGGAGGGCGGAGCUCUUGUCUUGGCUGACCAAGGUGUGUGCUGUAUUGACGAGUUUGACAAGAUGAUGGACUCCGAUAGAACAGCUAUUCACGAAGUGAUGGAGCAACAGACUAUUUCUAUAGCUAAGGCUGGAAUCAUGACAAGUCUGAAUGCUAGAGUUUCAAUCUUGGCUGCCGCUAACCCUGCUUACGGCAGAUACAACCCGAAACGAACAAUAGAACAAAACAUUCAGUUACCAGCAGCACUUUUGUCCAGAUUUGACAUCCUCUGGUUGAUACAGGACAAACCUGAUAGAGACAAUGAUCUGAGGUUAGCACAGCACAUUACAUAUGUACAUCAGCACAAUGUUCAGCCACCAACACAGUUUAAACCACUAGAUAUGAAACUUAUGAGGAGGUAUAUUGCCUUGUGUAAGAAGAAACAGCCUAUCAUCCCAGAGAAUCUGGCCGACUACAUUACUGGUGCUUACUGCGAGAUGAGGAAAGAGGCAAGAAAUGGAAAAGAUAUGACAUUUAUGUCUGCAAGAACACUGCUGGCUAUACUUCGUCUUUCAACUGCAUUGGCAAGAUUGCGAUUGUCCGACUCUGUAGAAAAGGAAGAUGUAAACGAGGCUAUUAGACUGAUGGAAAUGUCGAAGGAUUCACUUAACCCAGCUCACGAGAUGCACUCUAGAGCCCAGAAUGUUACAGAUAAAAUAUUUGCCAUUAUUCGUGAAAUGGCUCCAUCAAAGGGCGUGAAGUCAGUCAAGGUCACUGAUGUGAUGGAACAGUGUACAUCAAAGGGAUUCAAACCAGACCAGGUGGAUGCUUGUAUAGAAGAGUAUGAGGAACUAAAUGUGUGGCAGGUGAACCAGGCACAUACUAAGAUCACAUUUAUAUAGAGCAAUGGUGUGGACAAAUUUUUAGACUGAAUUUUGUUUUUCUUUGAGGAGAAAUUGGGGAACAGUGUUUUCUGAGGGACCAAUAUUCAGCAUUUAAUUCUUGAGUAGUGAACGGUGAUGAACAUGGUAGAUAUUAAGUGAAUUGAAAACAGGUGUGCAAUGUCAUUUCAUAGGACAGUAAUGGCAGAAAAAAAUCAUGUCUUCAAAGUGUAAUUAUAGCCUAUUACUAAAGAUUUAUAAAGACCUUGUUUUUUUUUGUGAACAUAGAAUUUUUGAGCUGUGAUAAAGCUACCUCUAAAUAGACUGCAGUAAAAAAAAGAACCGGAUUUAUGGUACAAGGAUGAAUUAAUUUUAAGAAUAAUGUAUACAUUAUUUGUUCCCUUACAUUAUAUUUAUUUAUUUUAACAAUUUUGUGUUCAGUAAAAUAAAAUGUGUUCAUAAUUUUUCACUGCCAUCAGCUAUGAAAUUUGUAUUUUUCAUUAUCGUAAAUUAGGAGUUAAGAUUUGAGCUCAUGAAAUAUGUAGUCACUAAGUGUAUUUAAACUUACAGAUAAAUUACAGAUCUGCAGUAAAGAUUUUUAACAGAAAUUAAUCAUGUAGAAUAUGAAAACAUAAUUUUUAGAUAUUGUCAUUGUAUAUAAUCAUUUAUCAUUUCUGUAAUAAGAAUCAUGUUGACAUAGAAAAAUAAACAUUUUGUAUAAAAGCAAAA